CUCCAUUUUAAAGAAGGACACAGCACAUCAAGGAUCAAACAGAAUGGAAAAUAUAUUAACAAUAUUUCUGACAUUACCCUGCUGUACUGCGAGCUCUCUUAAACAGCAGAACACAUUCGUCCGGCCCUCGGAAUCCGGAACAUCGACACCUCAGCUUCCGGGGCUCGGGAUGCAUUUUUAUUUUUGGUUUCUCCGUCGGUUUGUGUCAAAGUGAAAUACGCGGAGGGGACUCAGAGCGGACUGUUCCUCCCCCCACAGACCACAGCUCGAGGCGGCCGGGAGGUGGGGAUGGGGAAUAGCUAGGCCUCAGCGACCCCGAAGGAGGAAGAAGGUGGGUUAAAUGUCGACGUUAUGAGGCCAAGGAUCUGAGUGACUCCUUCGGGCUUCAGCGCUGUCUGUUCCCGGCACCGACCACCGCCAUCGUCCGGUCCCGGAGCCGGUUGCUAAGGGAGGAAGGGGUUUACCUCCCGUUGCUAAGCGAGGCCCCUUCCUCCCGUUGCUACGCGCCCCUCCUCCAGUUGCUAUGCGGGGCCCCGGCGUGGAGGAUGCAUCCAGCUCCCGAGGAGAUGUCUUGGUCUCGGGGAGAUUGAUGACAAAUUGUCCGGGGAUCCAGGGAUUUCCUGUUUAAAAUCUGCAGCGGACCAAUGGGAGUUGACGGAAACAACAAGGCCUUGGAGUUUAGAAGAGUCAAAGAUGAUUUCUAAGAUAUUGUAUCUCCUGUCGCUGAGGGUCCACCUUGCUGGAAAUGAAUGAAAAACCGAGUAAAAUGUCAAACUCUGAAGGGCUACCAUUAGCAAGAGAAAUGCAAGACCUUCAAAAUCGAUUUAAUGCAAUGAUGCAUACAAUCAACGGCAACUCAAAGGUUGCAGCUUUCAUGAGCACCUCUGUGGGUCAGUACCUGGAUGACCACCCUUUCCUUGCAUUACUGUUGCUGAUUUUUACCAUAAUGGCAGCUGUGCCAGUUGGUUUAUUCCUGAUCUUUGCAGUGAUCACAUCCCUCUUGGCUUGCAUUGGUUUCAUUGUGAUGGAAGGUCUGAUGCUGUCGAUAGGUGGUGUUGUCCUGCUCUGUUUUUUAUGUGGGUUAAUUCUCAUAUCCCUGAUCAUCACUUCUUUUCUGGCUAUCUGCUUUUUUACCUUCUCCACAACAAUGAAUUAUUAUCAUAAUUUAAGCACUCCAAAUAAAGAAGAAGAAGCUGUCAGCUAUUCAGCAAUUUCAUGUCCAGAUGAGACUGAAUCCAAAUCUACCCUGAAGAAGGAUUAGAUUGCAAAAUAUUCCUGUAGUUUCUAUUAAGUUGUAUUUAUGUAAAACGACUCUAUUUGCACUAAUCUCCUUUCAUGAAAAGUUAGUUUUUGCUUUCAAUACCUGUUACACUUUUCUCAUCAGCAGAUGUUCACCUUCCUAAUUUUUCAGCAUUUUCGUUUGUAUAAUGUCAUUCUGAAUGAGAACUUUUGUACACUUUAACCUAUGUAUUUUACUAUAAUUACUGUAUAACAUGGAAACCUGGUCAUUAGAUACACAAAGAAUAUACAUUGUAUCUGUAUCAGCAAUGAUUGGAGUUAUACUGAAGCAUUCUAAGUGAUUGUAAUAUCCUCAAUAUAUUAAUAAAACAGAUACUUAAAGCAGUAACAAA